GACAACUUGCGUUUUGACGGCCAGCACUGGACGGCGCCGGGGUCAGCAUCCCGAGGCAGGGGGAACAAAGGACCACGCACUCAACCCAAAUGCUGCGGACCAGUCGGCGCUCUGGCUCUCAGUCCACGGCGGGGGAGAAACGCACCGAAUCCACACAGGACCGAGAGACCCUGCGAUGGCCCCGUCACGGCAAGGCACUCACGACGCCAGACACGGUGGAGGUAGAAUCUGCCAAAACCGCGUCAGAUGGAUGGAGGGGGGGCGCACAUGAGGGCGGAUUUACCCUUGGACCGAGUUGAUGAUGAGCACCUGGAUUUGUGUGUCAUCAGCUCGGGUCUGAGGAGGACAACGAUGGAAGAAAGCGCACGCUCAGGAUGGUCAGCAUCUGCGAGCAAGUGGUGAGUGCAGCUCCGAUCAUCCUCGACACAGGUGCAGACCGACCUUGAAUGCCCUGUGUCUCGCAUAUCAGUUUGCAC